AUGUCGGCCAACUACUGGGUAUCAACCCAUCGCAACCACUGGAUCUUCCCCAAAGAUGAGUUAGCAACAAUGCGCCAGAAGCUCGAAAGGGAGAACUCGGACCUCGUACAAAUGUUCACGCUACCCGAAGCCCGACACCUUUACAUAUACUUUAAUCAGCAAAUCAGUCGCCUCAGUAAACGCCUCAAGAUUAGACAGCAAGCCAUCGCAACCGCCCAGGUUUACAUCAAGCGCUUCUUCACGCGCGUCGAGAUUCGUCGCACCAAUCCCUAUCUCGUCAUUGCCACCGCCGUCUACCUCGCCUGCAAGAUCGAAGAAUGCCCCCAACACAUCCGGCUCAUCGUCAGCGAGGCCCGCUCCCUAUGGCAGGACUUCAUCUCUCUCGACACCUCCAAGUUAGGCGAGUGCGAGUUCUUCUUGAUCUCCGAAAUGAGCUCCCAGCUCAUCGUCCACCAACCCUACCGAACCCUCACCUCCCUGCAAACCGAUCUGCGCAUCUCCAACGAGGACUUUGCCCUCGCGUGGAGCAUCAUCAACGACCACUACAUGACGGACCUUCCGCUUCUAUACUCGCCCCACACCGUCGCCCUCACCGCGAUCCUCCUCGCCCUGGUCCUACGGCCCAACCCACCCUCUUCGGGCGGCCAAGUGCCCGGGGCAUCAAUAGCGCAGAACCGCAGCUUGGCGUCCGGGAGGCACCCCCAACCCUCCGACAAGGAGAAGCCCAUGGAGGCCAAGGUCGGCCGGGUUCAGAGAUUCGUAGUCUGGCUCGCAGACAGUGAUGUCGAUAUCGCAGCCAUGGUGGACUGCACGCAAGAGAUCAUAUCCUUUUACAACGCGCAAGAGCAGUACAACGACAAGCUCACCCGCGAGCAAAUCAGCCGCUUCGUCAAGGCCAGAGGGCUAGACAAGUAG